UAACUGCGCAUGCGCUGAUUUCAGCACGGCAGCAUGAUCGGUAGUGUGUUAUUUUACAUUCUCUACCCAUUUUCGAGGUUCCUGACUGGUCGAAACUCAGAGGCCCCCAGAAAGGGUCACCCUCCUGCAGUGGUUGUUGGCAAGGCAGUGUGGGAUGGUGGUACCGUCACAACCCGAGAGCUUACCCAGUCUCACACAACCCUAUUGGACCAGUGUCUCAGCUCAGGCAGUGGGAUGGAAGCAGAAACGAAAGAAAGGAUGAAGGAACAAAUCCCAGAAAUGAAAUGUAUAACAAAUUCUAACAAAGACAAAAAUCUGUUUGCUGUACAAGAAAAUGUAAAGAAUGGGGAUGCUCCCAACAAGAGUGAUGUGCACCCUGUAGAGAGAGAUGAAGAAGGAGAGAGUGGAUAUUGGCAGCUACAAGACAAAGUGGAAGCUCUUGAGAAUGGUUGCAGAAAAAUAACACAUCAGGAUGAAAGGUGUCAUGUCAAGAAAAACACAGAGGAGGGGAGUGUUAUUGUGAAGGACGGUAUAACCCUUAAACAAGAACUUUGUGCACAGUUUGAUUGUCUAAACAUGGAGGAAAAUACUUUUCCUGUGCAGGAAAAAUUAGAGCAACCAAGCUCUGAGGCUUGUGUAGUUCUAGCUGAGCCUAGCAUUCGAGAAACAUCCUGUCAGGUACAGGAACAGACAAAAACACCAAUCAUGAAAGAGUCAAAGACUCCAGCUGGAGUAGCUGAGUGCUGGGAUGAAUAUUCUCUUCCUGCUGAAGAUGAAGUGCUCACUAAUGCUCAAACUCAUCUUGAAAUUAACAAACAGCAUGAUUCACAAACUGGAUGGCACUUUCCGGCAGGACCUGGACUUGCAGAAGAAGCGUGGUGUCCACUGUGGCAAUUUCCUGCAGUGAGCUAUUACCCUCCAUUAGAGCCGACAGGGCUGUUUGAAGUAAUGUGGAGAGUGUGGGAGGAGGUGGCUGAGAGCACCACUGCAGCAGAACCCACCCCAAAGUUUUCUCCAUUCACAAGCCCCACAAUGGACUUCACUGUUAUGUCCUACAAUAUCCUAGCUCAGGAUCUACUGGAGGCCAACCAGGAGCUGUACACACACUGCCCUCUGGAGGUGCUAGACUGGAGCUACCGCUGCAGCCUGCUUCUAGAGGAGAUAGCGAAGUGGGCUCCAGAUAUUUUGUGUCUCCAAGAGGUUCAAGAGAACCACUACAAUGAACACCUCUUUCCAGUCCUGUCUCAGAUGGGCUACACAUGUGUGUACAAGCGGCGUACAGGAGACAAAACAGACGGCUGUGCCACUUGCUAUCGCAGCAAUCUCUUCUCAGAGCGAUCCGUCACCCUGCUGGAGUUCUACAGGCCCGACACAGAGCUGCUGGACCGGCACAACGUGGGCAUCGUUUUAUUGCUUCAGCCAGUGGUCACCAGGGAUUCUGUUGUGAAGGCGAAGGGUCCGCCGCUCUGCGUUGCGAACACCCACCUUCUCUUCAACCCAAGAAGGGGUGAUGUGAAGCUAGCUCAGCUGGCCAUACUGAUGGCAGACAUUGACAGUGUGGUUAGAUCCUGUAAGGCCAUGGGUGAACACUGUAACAUUAUACUGUGUGGAGAUUUUAACUCCCUCCCCCACACGCCUCUGUAUCAGCUGAUCACCACAGGGGAGCUCUACUUCCAAGGUUUACCAGCAUGGAUGAUUUCAGGGCAGGAGGACCUCUCUUACAAAGUCCACUGUCACAGACUGCUUGCUCCUCUGUGGCCCAGCAGUCUAGGAAUCACAGACAGCUGCCAGUACUCGACUGUCAAGGAGAUAUUUAAGGACCAGAAUCAGAAACCAGGAAAAGGUCAGUUCAGCCAUGACUUCCUGCUGCAGCUGCGCUAUUGUCCAGCUGCAUGCGUCCGUCCUGUUGACUUAGAGCUGAUCCCAGGUGUGACUGACAACACACCAGAUGCUUCAGUGAGAGAUUUGCCUGAAAAAAGCUUCCGGCACACUAUUAGUCUUCAGGUAGACCUGGACUCUGUCUACAAGCACUCUCUUCCUGGUUCAGGCAACCCCGAAGUCACCACCCUGCACUCUGAAGGAGGAGCAACAGUUGACUACAUCUUCUACACCCCGAGACGUGUGCUAACUGCUGAUCACAGAGCUGGUGAUGACUAUGCGAAUGAGGGUCUGAAGCUCAUUGGAUCUCUCUCUCUGCUAUCAGAGGAUGUUUUGUGGUCAAUGAGAGGUCUUCCUAAUCACAUAUUCCCCUCUGACCAUCUCAGUCUACUUGCCAAAUUCCAGCUGGAGCUGAAUGCUGCAUGAAGGAAAUGUCUGGGUAAAUCUAAAGAGAUAACUGAUGAUGUGCUUAUUUUUGUUCAGAUGGUUGAUCGACUUGAGUUUGUAUAGCACUUUUUAGACCGCAGGUCACACUUACCCAUUCACCACACACUGAUGGUGAAAGUUGCUAUGCAGCGUGGCCAUCAGUAAUCCCAUUCACACGCACCCAUACACCUUCAUACCACUGAUGCAGCAGUGGGAGCAGAUGUGUCUAAGCGUCUGGCUGACUGUAGUAGCUUGGGAUCGAACCCACAAUGUUGUUAUAUAUUAGAGACGCCCGACUCUACACAUUGAGCCACAAUCCCUGUUCAAUUUUUUCUUCUUUUUUUGAGUACGAGUACCAUCGUGGAUUACUCCUGACUCCUUGUGUUGGAGGUCAACACAAGUUUAUAAUGAUUGUUUGACUACGCUUUUAAUUUAUUGUUUAAGAUUAUAUUGUGGGCUUUGUUGCCUUUGUUUCAUAGGACAGCUGAAGAGAGACAAGACAUAUGAGGAGGGAGAGUGAGGACUGUUGCUUCUGUAUAGUGGCAUAUUUUCUAGUGUUUAAAAAGUAUAAUUCGCUCAUUAUGAGUCGGUUCUUUGUUUUCAGACUGUAAGAAUACUGAAUAAAUAUUUUACAGUACUUUUUGGCUCCUU